AGCAACUGUAGUGCUGGUUUAUUGGAGCAGCACUAACAGCAGCCCUGCAUUUACUGGAGACAGCCUGAAGUUGGGAUGAGAGAAGUUUCGACCAAGUCCCUGUGCAGCAGACAGGAAAAGCUCUAAUGCGUUUCCCUGAAGAUGGGUGGCUGCUUUUUUAUCAAUAAAUAUCAACAAGAAGCGUGAAAAUCCAUCCGUUCUUCAUCCUCCGGAGGCAGAAAGUUUGGAAACUUUUGAAGAUCUCUGAAGGAGAAGUUCUUGGAAAAGACGUGUGGCGCAGAAAUGUCAGAGGCAGCAGCGGAGAAGAAGGAAAACAUUCCUGACGAGUCUGCAGGGAAACGGAUUCCAAACGGAGGGAAUGCCGCGAAAAGCAGGGAGGACUUUGAGUUGGCUGCCAUCUACGUGUCAGAUGCUCAGUACAACAGGAACAUCUACUUUGACACGUCGCCUCAAGCUGUCAGACUCUAUCUGCUCUACCAUCACUGGAUCCUUAAGGUUCUCCUCUACUUCUUCAUCCUGCUCAACUUGUCUCUGGCCGUCUUUGAGGAGCCGGCUGUCUUCCCUCUGCCCACGUGGGCCACCAUGCUGGUGGAGCUCUUCUGCUUGUUCGCCUUCAGUCUUCGAAUCGGUCACUACGCCAAAGUGAUCCCUCGAGACAAGUUCUGGAAGGACCCCAAAAACAUCUGCAUCAUCGCCACGCUGGUGCUCACCUUGAUUGACAUGGUUAUUUACGGCGCUCUGAAAGCUGCGGACUGUUACGGCGUCCGCUGGUCCAGAGUCCUGCGGCCGCUGCUGCUGGUCAACGUGACAGAAGGACGACAGCUCCGUCGAGCGUUCAGGAGCAUCCGGAACGCUCUUCCUCAGAUCUUCUACGUCUUCCUGCUCUUCAUGUUCAGCAUCCUGCUGUUCUCCCUCAUGGCUCUCAAGCUGCUGGGCAAACGAGAUCUGAAGACCAUAGAUGGAAAGCCGUACUUCACAAACUACGUGGACAUAGUCUUUGAUCUGUACGUCCUCGUCACCACAGCCAACAGCCCCGACGUCAUGAUGCCAGCGUACAACGCCAACUUUGGUUUUGCCAUAUUCUUCAUCCUGUACAUCCUCAUCAACACUUACAUUUUUAUGUCUGUUUUCUUGGCUGUGGUUUACAACAACUAUAAAAAAUACCUAAAGGAAGAGGUACGGCAGCUGGUCAAGGCCAAAAGGCACAAAAUGGUGCGGGCAUUUGCAGUCCUGCAGGAGCAGAGGGAAGAAGGAGGCCCGCCUGUGGUGACCCGGAACAACUGGAAUCAGCUCAUCCAGCUGGUGCAGCCCAACCUGAGCAGUGCUCGCAGACAGCUUGUGUGGAGUGUCUGCGACGACAAAAACCAGGGCUUCCUUGAUAAAGUGGCUUUUAUUCAACUCGCUGACCUCCUCAACAUUGAGGUGAUCACUGUUAAGCCUCGACCGCAUCCCUUCCAGAACUUACUCCCCAACUUCUACCAGUCUGCCCCCAGCCGCUUCGUUUGCAAAGUUGUCCAACAUCGGGGCUUUGUGAUAGUGUUCGACCUCAUCAUCCUGGUGAAUACCAUCUUCAUUGGUCUGGAUGAGAAGAACCCUCUGAUCUCCAACUCGGAGUGGGUUUUCCUGACUCUGUACCUGCUGGAGAUCCUGUUGAAGCUCUAUGUGUUUGAGCCCAGGGCGUUUUUCUCCAGACACAACUUCUGGAACUGGUUUGACACCAUCAUUGUCAUCUCUGCUCUCAUUGCCACCUGCGUAAACUCCGCCUUGGGAUCAACGGGGGAAUACACCAGCCGCCAGAUCCUGGAUAUUGUCUUCAUCCUGCGAGUCCUCAGACUGGUCCGGGUGGUGGACAACAUCCAGAGGUUUCGCACAAUCAUUAACACACUGAUCAGGAUUGGACCAGCCAUCUUCACGUUUGGACAGCUCAUAGUUGUGGUGUACUACAUCUUUGCCGUGCUGGGGAUGGAGAUUUUCAAGGACAAAGUGAAGUUUUUCGACGACCCCAGCGACCCCGAUAAGCAGUACUGCGGGAACCCGCUGCUCAAAGGCACCGCCUUCGCAAAUCUCAACUACUGCAAGAACAACUUCAACAACGUGGUGUCGUCCUUCGUCCUGCUGGUGGAGCUUACUGUGGUCAACCAGUGGCAUGUUCUCAGUAGCGGCUUCGUGACCGUCACCAACGUGUCAGCAAGGAUCUUCUUCGUCAUCUUCCACAUCACUGUAGUCAUCAUCAUCAUCAACAUCUUUGUGGCCUUCGUGCUUGAGGCCUUUUUCUUGGAGUACUCUGACCUGCAGACGUCGCUAGAGAAGAAAAUCGAGGAGCUGAACCUCGCUAUGGAGCAGGAAAGGUUAGAAGACAAUCUGGUGAACGCCAUGGAAACCAUUGACAACAACCUGGGAACUGAGGGGUCACCAACUCCAAGUCGUUCUUCCAUGGUGUUUAAAAUAUCUUCAAAAAGAUAUCGGACGGUGGAUGCGCUGUUGCAGCGGAUUUUCGAGGCGGAUCUGGCCCCUGAAGAUUUGUCUGAAAACGACGACACUGAAGCUCAGAACACCGGGAGCUUUUCAAACCCAUCGUUCGGUUCUGCCUCACCAUGAAAACAGCUACAACUUUUAUAUAGUUUUACUCAUACUGUGCCAUAAAUACUGACGCCUGUCCUGUGCAGUGUAUCAGCUGAUGGAUCA